AUGCCCCCCACAACCACGAACAUCCUAAUCCUCGGCGCCGGCGCCAUCGGCGCAUUCUACGCCUCGCGCUUAGCCCUCGCGCCCAACACUCUUGUCUCCGUAAUCUGCCGCUCGAACUACACAGCCGUCACCCAGCGCGGCUUCACCAUCACAUCGCCGACCUACGGCGCCUACACCUUCGUCCCCGCGCACGUCUUCGCCAACCCCGCCGAAGCAGCCGCUGCGAAUAUCGCGUGGGAUUAUAUACUCGUGAGCACCAAGGCGCUGCCGGACGUGAGUGAUGAUUCGGAGAUCCUGACGGGCUUGUUGGAGGGGGGCAGGACGGCCGUGGUGCUGGUGCAGAAUGGAUUAGGGGUUGAAGAUCCGUACGCGAGACGGUUUCCGGAUACUGUUAUACUGAGCGCGGUUACGAUUGCCAGCGCCGCGCAGAGCGAGCCGGGCGUGAUUGCGCAUAAUCGCUGGACGCGGAUUAGCAUCGGUCCAUACCUGCCCAACACGAGCGCAACGACCACAUCGAGAACAAGAACGGCCAUUGACCGCAACAAGGAUUUCAUAGACAUGCUCCGCGCAGGCGGGAUAGCCGACGCAGAAGAAUACACGCACUCGAAACUGCAAAUGGUACGCUGGCACAAGAUCGCCAUCAACGCAUCCAUGAACCCCUCGGCAGUCCUCUCCGGCGGGACCCCCAACGCAUCCAUGACCCUCGACCCCGAACUGCACACGCACUUGCGCGGCGUGAUGCAAGAAGUGCUAUCCACGGCCCCGAAAGUGCUCGGCACUUCCCUGCCAGCCGACUUCGCCACCGCGGACGCUAUUCUAAACAGUACGAAGAAGAACACGAGUGGGAGUAAGCCGAGUAUGUUGAUUGAUUGGGAGGCGGGGAGGAGGAUGGAGUUGGAGGUUAUAUUAGGGAAUCCGAUUCGCAUGGCGAGGGAGAGGGGCCUGGAGAUGCCGAGGCUGCAGAGUUUGUAUGCGCUGCUGAGGAUGGCGCAGGAGAAUCGGGAGAGGGCUAAGAAGGAAAAGGAAAAGAGUAGGUUAUAG